AUGCAGCUGAUCAGACAGCCGCUCACAAAGGCUGACGAUGCCAUCACCGCAUGCAUCGAGCCAGACGAUGCACUUGCAGUCUCCAGCCUACUCCAGCAAGCUGCACAAUCGUCUCAGAAACCACUCUCUCCUCUGGCAAGUCUCGAAGUGAGAGCAGUACCGGGCUGUGGUUCUGGACUCUUUGCGACCGUUGCGUAUGCUCCCGGAGAUGUUCUGCUUCGCGAAUGGCCACUCAUCAUCGCGCCUGAUUCAUUGAGUACCGUCGAGCCUUUCCUGCGCAAAGCCUAUGACGCCCUGUCGGUCAGAGCCCGCUUGCUCGUCAUGUCUGCCAGUCGAUCCCGUACAGGCAAAGAUGGACUGGUACAACGCUUCGAGGAUAAUGCAUUCUCGUUGCAAAGCCUACAGUCUGAGCGGCUCACGAAACCUUAUGCUGCAUUCUAUCCUCGUGCAGCUCGACUCAAUCACUCUUGCAAGCCUUGCGCUGCGUUCUGCAUCUCAUCAAGUACGCUCGAGAUAUCGAUUCGAGCCAUCAAGUCGAUACAAACUGGCGAAGAAGUCACGAUCAGCUAUCUGAGCCACGAGAAGCUCUUGCAACCUCGCUUCGAACGACGCGAAGCUAUACGCGCUCAUAGACGCUUCGAAUGCAUUUGCGAGCUUUGUCAAUCUGCCGACGCAGCAAGUGAUGCCAGACUAGCUCAGGUCGCUCGGAGCCUGGAGACGAUCGCUGAUUGGCAUACCGAAGAACUGCCACCGCUCGAUGUGAUCAGGCUCAUCGGUCGUGUGAUGGAUCUGCUCAGAACUGAAGCUCAGGCAUAUGGCGUUCCGUCGCUUUGCAUUGACGCAAUGGAUGCAGCUGCAACUGUGGGUGACGUUGCGCUCACGAAGGCUUGGGGCAGCCGAGCCAUGGCGAGCUGGUCGAUCUGGGAAGGCGUCGACUCUCCUGCCUGUCAAGCGACGCAGGCGAUCCUUCAAGAUCCAGCAUCGCAUGAGCUGUGGAAUACAUACGAGACAGUGCUGUAA